AUCUCCCACCAUCGGUCUAUCCGUCAGUCGCUCCGUAGCCGCCGCCGCGAGUGGUUCGUUCGCGUCACUUGGCCCGCGCGCGCGCUCUUUCACGACGCUCGUCCUCGGGAUUUCUCGCGAGAACUUUUCCGCAAGUCCGAGAUCGAUCGAUCCGCCGCCUCCUCUCGCGGUCGCCCGAGCCUCGCGCUCUCGCGGCGGUCCAACGUCGUUUCCCCGAACGAGCCGCGGACGUGCCGUGCCGUGCGCGCACGCGCGCCCGCGCGCUCCCGCUGUCGCUCGCUCGCGCUCGCUGUACGCGUUCGCGCUCGGGUAAACAACGGAGUGUGUGCAGUGUUUCAGCGCGUGUGUGACGCGCAUUAGUGUUGCUCGCGACGUUCGACGGCGACGCCGCCGGUGGUCGCCGCCGCCGCCAUCGGGGAGAGAAGAGGAGACGAAGAGGAAGCGGAAGUGAAGUAAAUAGAUCGUGACAAACUCGUGCGCGUGUGUCGGAUACAAAGGAACGCGUGCGCGUUCUCUCCUGGCGAGAGAGAUCCUUCGGCGUGAAGGUUUCUCCGAGCGGCGCGACGACGCGGGCCACUACUACUCCUGCCUUACCGACCGGAAAAAAGAAAGAAGGUAAAGUCGCGUCUCCCUCCGCGUCGCGCAGCACAAAGAAAGGCGCGGACACGGCCAUCGAGUCGCCCCGUCGCGCGUCGUGCGUGACUCCGAAUGAGCGCGACGGCCAGCCUCACCUGACCCGGUGAGCCGAGAGAAAGAAGAAGAAGAAGGAGGAGGAGAGAAGGGAGGCCGCUACCGACGGCGACCGCUAGCCGCGCGAGUGCAGGAGAGGUGUAACGUCCGAGCGGCUGCCCCCCCCCCGCGCGCCGCGCGCCCGAUGAGACGGUAGUGACGGAUGGAUUGGCGGCGACCGCCGAUGGAUUUUCGGCGGGGAAACGUGGUGUUGCGAAUCACGUUCGCGUACGCGUCGCAGCGGUGCGUGGCACGUCGUCGCGGGGAGUGCCGGCCGUCAUCGUCUUCGUAGCGACCGGGUGACCGCCGACGUCACGAGCCUCCUUCCCACCGCACCGGGAACGUCCUUGUUUCGCCCUCUGUUGCACGGUUGUUGCUGUUGUGCCGUUUGUUGUUGUUGUUUUUUUGUUGUUUAUCACCGCCGUUUGUCCCUCACCGGCGCACUCGUCGGAAGGAGCGCGGCCGCGUGCGACAUGACGCGCCUCCAGUGAGGUGCAGCACCCCCCCGAGUCGUCGCGCGCGCGUCUCCGGCCAGCGUCAGCGCGGGAUCACGUCGCACAGAUACCGCGGGGGUAUUCUUGGUGGGCGCAUCGAGCGGGAAACCACGCCGGAAGGAUGUAUCCCAGCGCCGGAAUCAACGCAGCCGCCGUGGCCGCCGCUGCCGCCAGGCAUCCGGGUCCACCGCAGCCUGGGCAGCCGUUCAAAUUUUCAGUCGGCGAGUCCUGCGAUCGUAUAAAGGAGGAGUUCAACUUUUUGCAAGCCCAAUAUCACAGCCUUAAAUUGGAGUGCGAGAAACUGGCCAGUGAAAAAAUAGAGAUACAGAGGCAUUACGUGAUGUAUUACGAGAUGUCGUACGGGCUCAACGUGGAGAUGCACAAACAGACGGAAAUAGCGAAGAGGUUGAACGCCAUCGUCGUACAGAUCCUGCCGUUUCUCUCGCAGGAGCAUCAGCAGCAAGUCGCCUCGGCGCUCGACAGAGCCAAACAAGUGACCAUGACCGAGCUGAACACUAUUAUCGGGCAACAGAGGCCCGAUUUGCCGAGACUUCUGCAACAGAUGCACGCCCAGCAACUGCCACCGGGCGCGGCGAUGGGACCACAUCCGGGCAUACCCGGACUUCCUGGGUUGGGCCCGGGCGCGGGUAUACCGGUCCCCACCUCGGCGUCCGCGGCGCUUCUCGGUUUAGGCCUUCCCCCGGGAGCGACCGGCACCCCCGCGGGCGCAGCCGCGCAUCCGCUGUCAAUGCUGACGAAACCGGAACUUCAUCGCGGUCAACCCGACGAUCUCAAACCUAACGGAGGUCUCAAUCCGGCCGAGGAGAGGCAUAGAAACUCGAUAUCGCCGGCGGAACGGGAGAAGUACAGACCGCGCAGCACACCUGAUCCUCAGCACGAACAUCCGCUGGCGAAGAAGCUGAAGAAGGAGCAGGACAAGGACAUAGGCCAUCAAAGCGAUGGUGAAAAGAGCGACCAAGACCUAGUGGUCGACGACGCGAGCGAGGGUCCGACCAGCCCGGCGGCGAACGGCACGGCGUCGCCGCGGGAGAACGGUCUCGACAAGUUGGGCCCGUCCUCGGUGCCUCUGAGCGGCCAGGUGAAGAAGGAGGUACCGCCGCCGUCGCCCAGAAGCGGCACCAGCAGCAACGCCAGCACGCCCUCGGCGAAGAAGAUGGAGGAACGCGAGAAACCGACGACGCCGAUCUCGAAACCGGUCACCCCGACGUCGGCAGGUAGCAGUUCCGGCUCCGGUGGCCUGAAACCAUCGAGCUCCAGCAAACCGUUGGUCUCGGCUUCGGUGGUCGGCCCUUAUCCGCCGCACUAUCCGCCACCACAUCAUCCGCCCGCGGGACCUCACGUGGACAUGCUGGGCUAUCCCCCGGCGGCGCUCAACGGUGGUUACCCCACGAGACCGCCCCUUCAGCAGCUUUACGAUCCUCAUGGUAGCAUGAGAGCACCGCUCGGACCGAUCAUUCCUCCCGGUGGUAAACCCAGUGCAUACAGUUUCCACGUGUCUAGCGAAGGCCAGAUGCAGCCGGUGCCGUUCCCGCAGGACGCCCUUAUCGGUCCGGGCAUUCCGCGUCACGCGCGUCAAAUAAACACGCUAACUCACGGUGAGGUAGUCUGUGCCGUGACAAUCUCUAACCCGACCAAAUAUGUCUAUACUGGCGGCAAGGGCUGCGUCAAGGUAUGGGAUAUUGGUCAGGGCGGCGGAGCCAGCGCGAAACCUGUCUCCCAGCUCGAUUGCCUGCAACGAGACAACUAUAUCAGGUCGGUGAAACUGUUGCCCGACGGUAGAACUCUGAUUGUUGGAGGCGAGGCGAGUAAUCUCAGCAUCUGGGACCUGGCAAGUCCGACACCGAGAAUCAAAGCGGAACUGACCUCCUCGGCGCCGGCGUGUUAUGCCCUGGCUAUCUCGCCGGACUCGAAGGUCUGCUUCAGCUGUUGCAGCGAUGGCAACAUCGCCGUGUGGGACCUGCAGAAUCAGACACUGGUGAGACAGUUCCAAGGUCACACGGACGGCGCUUCGUGUAUCGACAUCUCCGCCGACGGCUCGAAGCUGUGGACAGGUGGUCUCGAUAAUACCGUGCGCUCCUGGGACCUUAGAGAAGGCAGGCAGCUGCAGCAGCACGAUUUCACGUCACAGAUAUUCUCCUUGGGAUACUGCCCGACCGGUGAAUGGUUAGCCGUGGGUAUGGAAAAUUCGAACGUCGAAGUACUCCACGCUACGAAGCCCGACAAGUACCAGCUGCAUCUGCACGAAUCUUGCGUGCUGUCGUUACGUUUCGCCUCGUGCGGCAAGUGGUUCGUUUCUACUGGCAAGGACAAUUUACUUAAUGCGUGGCGCACGCCAUACGGUGCCUCGAUUUUCCAGUCGAAAGAGUCGUCCUCGGUGCUCAGCUGCGAUAUUUCUACGGACGACAAGUAUAUCGUGACCGGAUCCGGUGACAAGAAGGCCACCGUCUACGAAGUGAUGUAUUGAGCCACAUAUUGGCUUGACGAUACACUCCGAUAUACUACUCCGAUGGAAGUUUCUCGUGACAUUAAGUGUAAUUGACUCAUGACGGAGGAAUUGAAUAACAAAAAUUAAAUUUUUACUCCCUAAAUGUGACUUGAAGUAGCGAAUUGUGAGGUUUGACAAGACUUGACAAGACUUGGUCGCUACAUUCGUCAGACACCGAAUUAAAUUCUACACUUCUGUAAUCUCAGAAACGAAAACUAAAUUAUAUCGGGGGAAUAGUAUAUAAAUUACGGGGAUAUAAAUAUAUACAUAUAAAGAUUGCAGCAUUUAGCUGUGUAAGAUUGUAUAGAGCCUAUAAUCGUAAGUAGGAUGAAGUGAAUGGAAUGACAGAGAGUGAGAGAAAGAGACAAAUGCAUGUGAGUAAUCUCAAUCUGUAUUUAGCGUGGGAGGCGAUAAUGAAGUCGCUUGUGUAAUAUGUUACUGAUGUAAUAUAGAAUCUUUAUAAUUAGGUUCUUUUGCACGUGCUCGUGAAGGUAACUGAGCGAAGAAUCGAAUGCAUUUCGCCGUGCGAGAUCGUUUUCCUGUUACGGCGAAAUACCUGAAUACGUAUGGAAUGCUGAUCUAGUGUUGUAGACUUGUCAAAGUAGGGAUGUAUGUUGUGUCGCAGAAUUAUACAUAAUAUAUUGAGCACACAUGUAGACAGAACGUUUACGUCAUGUAGCGGUGAAACUGUAGGGCUAUGAGAAACCGAUAAGUAUCGAUCACGCUAACAGUUGUUGAACGCUGCGUUCGUUCGGUAUCGAAGCCAGUGAUGUGAUCUUUGACAUUUCUACCACCGAUAAGAGGAAUCAUUUGUACUUAUUACACUUUCAGUUUUAAAUACUGAUUCUUUUAUAAUUAUAUGGCACUGUUGCGUCUGCCGUUAAGACUUUAUUGUAAUUAAGAUUUUAUAAAACGCGUCGAGGGAGAAGGACAGUGAUAAAACAAAGGGAAAAAAAAGAAAAAAAAUGGCGAAAGAUUACUUUUCGAUCUUUUGCGGUAAUUAUGAAACUGGCUUUCAUACACGCCUAUUACGAGCGGUAUCGAAUACAAAUAGGAACUUUAUAAGUUGCGCCGAACGCGCACCGGAUACUUGAUACAAUGUACAUUGUUUGCGAGUCUUGACUGCCAUAAUAGGCAUAUAAAUAUUACGCACAUGCAUAUACGCGUAAACAAACACGAGCGAGCGGACCACGUUCGUGGGCGGAUUUUGCAGAAUAUUCGAUAAAGUAUUUUUGUGACUAUUCAUCGUGAGACCCUAGGCUUAAACCAUCGAGCAAACCUGGUCGAGCGUGAUCGACCGCGCGCGCGCGUCUGCAACGACGACUGCAGAGACGAGACGAUAUGUAAAAUGAGGCGAAACACUUGCGAUUCUUACACCGCCCUUCGGUGCAGGUUACAAAGCCGGAGGUGUGUGCAUCUGGACUUUUAGGGUACUAGCUAGCGCAUUAUUAUUCGGAGGCCGUAUGGUGAAAGCGGGUGAUGCGUAAUGGAGAUUUAUAUUUUGUUACAGGAAGGCACAUACAUACACACACACACGUUGACAUCCGCUGUGACCGUCCGAAAUUCAACGCCACGAUCAGAAAUAACUGCCGCGAUAAGAACUUUGCAUUGUAAUGUGAUUAGCGUUCCACCGGUUACGUUAAAUUGCAACCGUGAAUCGGACGAACGGACCCUCGAUUUUGGACGAUCACAGCCCCCGUUCAUAUAGACCAAUAGAAACAACGAUACCUCAAGAAGACUCAAUAGUUAAUUAUCUCUAACUCAUCGACUUGUACAGAAUCGAUAUUCUUUUACAGUUGAAUAACACACGCACCGUGAAAAAGAAAGCAUUACGCGAGACAAAAAAAAGAUCGCAUAGCCACGACAAUGAUUGUACCCUGCCUCUCCUCUAUCCCCCCCCCCUUCCUCCCUUUCCUACCCCAUCGGGAACCAUACUGUAAUACCGUUGAAUUGCGUCUCCGUGCUCGCAUUUUGCACUCCGCGAAAGCGUACGAAAGCCGCCGUGGGAGAGAACAUAUGUUCGUAAUAAACGGAAGACAGGCAGCGUUAAUCUUUUUCCAAGCACUGUUCAAGUUGUUCCUAUAGCUACGCGAAAAUUGUUUCUUUCGGCAAUUAAAUCCUCUAUAUCUAUAUA